GGCGGGAGAGAGAGAGCGCAGAGGAGGAAUCGGAGUGGAGCGGUUAUUAAUGAACAACGAAAGUUAAUUUAAUUAAGAAACAUAAUCUACCUGGUCGGGAACUGACAGGAAUUUUAUUGAGAAUAUUGGUUUUGGUCAGGUUUUUUGCUUGGUUGGAAGCUCGGACGGAGCCAGGAUUUAUUUGCCUUGUGCGGCGCGCACAUUCACGGAUCGGAUUCAGGAUGGCGAGCCAGACCCAGAGCGUCAAUUCACCUUCUCCAUCACAUUAAGGAGGGACUCUCCUGCGUGUAAGUCGGCAUGGCUUUGUGUGACUCCGUGUGGUUGUGCAGGAUGGCACGCUUCAUCACUACAACAUGCUAAAAACUGGAUUUCUGUAAAUGGAGCUCCAGAGGUCUCAUUCCCACGGUGGUGUUGUCCAUCUGUUUGAUGCUGGGCGUUCCUGGAAACAUUGCUGUGAUUCUUCUCAAGCCUAACUGGAAGAAGAUGUCCAGCAUGAGCCGGAGCUUGAUGCUGAAUUUGGCCAUUUCUGACCUCAUCUGCUUGUUGACCCUUCCACCUUGGAUUUACAAUUUACUCCACAGUUGGAUAUUCGGUGUGGUGAGCUGUAAGCUUCUGUCUGGCCUUGUUUACUGCAGUGUUUAUGGCAGCCAGUUCACUGUGACUGCAGUUAGCGUCCAGCGCUACCUUGUGGUGGUCCACCGUGUUGACUGCAAACGGGUGCGAAAAAGAGUGCUGCUGGGUCUGCUCUGGCUGCUUGCUCUCCUCAAUUCCAUCGCUACUUUUGUGGUACGACAGGUAAAGACAGAUCAGAAACUGAAACGGUGCCAACCAAUUUAUUCUUCCGAUAGCCAGAGGGCAGCUCUUCUGCUGACAGAGGCCAUGGUGGGGUUUGCUUCCUUGUCUUUGGUAGCAUUUUCAUACUUUAGUCUCCACAGGAAAGUCAGUCAAGGAGCCUUUUUCAACAAUCGACAAAUAACCCGACUGGUUACCUGCAUCAUCGUCUGCUUUGUUGUGCUGUGGGUUCCGUAUCAUGUCAUAAAUCUCCUGGGUGUGGCAGCUAUUUGUCUCCAGAACGACAUCCUGUUGAAAUUUUGUAGAAAUGCAUGGAACGUUACUGGAGCGCUGUCAUUUGUAAAUAGUUGCGUCAAUCCACUCCUCUAUGCCUUUACCUCAGAAAAAAUGUGCUCUGUUUUCCAAAAAAAGGAUCCAGAGCAGCAGAAUUCCAGAAAUCUCUGAACAACAGAUAUGAGUACAACAGAAGAGGCAAAAGGAUGAGCUGAUGAGGAAUACUUUUGUGCUGGACUUGGUCAUCCAGAGCUUGCAUCCGUCUGCAGUUUCAGAAGAUUUUCACUGAGUCAUAUCUCUCUCUCUCUCGUUGUUGUUCUUAUUCUAACAUAUUUAUUCAGAGUAUUUUGUUGAUAUUUUUGUGCUUUUUCUGCUCUUAAAUAUAUCUUGAUUUGAAGAACAGAUAUGUGUACUAAAGUCACGUGAAUCUAAAAAAAGAUGAUUACAUGUAAUUAGAAAGCUUUGUUAACAGUAGGGUUGAAUUUUUUUUUUUUUUGCAUUAUGCGAACUGUGUACAUAACUCUCUAUUGUUGACUCUUGUUUUUUACUCAGUUUCUAUUAAAUGUUCUCAGGAAACAAUUAGUUUUCCUUAUUUUCUAUAAAGAUACCAAAAAAGUGUGUCUUAGUUAGCCAAUUUAAAUCAUUCAUUCCAAGGCAUAAUUAAGAAAUUAAAAUAAAACUAUAAGUGGUUUCAGUAAAAGAAGAGAACAGAGCUGCAGUACCGACAGCUGCAAUUAAAAACUCUCUGUCAGUUUUUCAAUUCAACAUGCACCAAAUAGUUUUGGCUGUUCAUUUCUCUGGUUUUUAUUUAGCAGUAAUAGAAUAGAGAGAACUUAUGUUAACUAACAGAGC